CGCCCCGGCCCGGCCCAUUCUUCCGCCGAACUCCAAAAGCCUCCUCCACUCGCCCAGCCCGAGCUCCCUGCCGCGCCCGACUCGCCCCGGGCGGCCGAAGAAAACCGGCAGGGAGGCUGGGCGGCUCCCGACCUGCGCGCUUCAGGUCAGCAAGCCGGAGUUCAGCUCGGAACGCGAUUUCCGAAGCUCAGUUUUCCCGCCGGAGUCGGAGACAGCUGCAGCCUUCCCGAUUGCGCAGGCUCAAUGCCACUUACGGAGCAUGGAAGUGGUGGGUCUUCUAUGUUUGGCAGUGGUGGUCCUAUCGUGGGGCUUCCUCUGGUUUGGGGACUACUCCGAACGAAUGGAGAGUAAGGAGCAGGCUGGUCUGCUGGGAGCCGGAAACCGGACCCUCCUAGUGAUCGCGCACCCCGACGAUGAAGCCAUGUUCUUUGCUCCCACCGUGCUAGGCUUGACCCGCCUGAGGCGCCGGGUGUCUCUGCUCUGCUUUUCUGCAGGAAAUUACUACAAUCAAGGGGAGAUUCGUAAGAAAGAACUUGUGCAGAGCUGUGACGUUCUAGGGAUUCCACCUUCCAGUGUAAUGAUUAUUGACAACAGGGAUUUCCCAGAUGACCCCCGCAUGCAGUGGGACACCCAGCAUGUGGCCAGUGUCCUCCUCCAGCACAUAGAAAGGAAUGGCAUCAACCUGGUGGUGACUUUCGAUGCAGGGGGAGUGAGUGGUCACAGCAAUCAUGUUGCUCUGUAUGCGGCCGUGAGGACCCUGCACUCAGAAGGAAAGCUACCUAAAGGGUGCUCUGUGCUCACGCUUCAGUCUGUGAAUGUGCUACGCAAGUAUAUCUCCCUCCUGGACCUGCCCCUUUCUCUGCUUCAUACCCGGGAUGUCCUCUUCGUGCUCACCAGCAAAGAAGUGGCCCAGGCCAAGAGAGCCAUGUCCUGCCACCACAGCCAGCUCCUCUGGUUUCGCCGCCUCUACGUGCUCUUCUCCCGGUACAUGAGAAUCAACUCUCUCAACUUCCUCUGAAGCCGUCAAGAGUUUUCCGAUCCAAAGAACAAAAGGAGAAAGAGCGGGAAGGUCUGGAGCUGGCUCAUGUUGCUGAGCCAAGGAGUUGCCAGCAUCUUAAAGGGAGACCACGCAGGGCCAGCGGGCUCUGCAAAGGUCAGCCUGCUCCUCUGGGGGAAAGAUACAACUGCAAACAAACAAACCCAAGGAUCAUAAUAGCCUCCCUGCUGGCUUGUCAAGUUCGGGUGUAAAACAAUUUACAUAAUGACACAAUGUGUGUCACAUACCUUUCUGGGAGCCUGCUGUUAACAUAAAUGAAUGUAAAAGCGCUCUAAAACCACUUCACAGGUGCCAGGGUGCAGUAGGUUCACACUGUUCCACAGCGGGCUCACCAAACACGGGCACACACUCAAAAGAACAGAGCAUAUUGAACAGUCCAACCAUAAUCCCUCUGAUUUAUCUUUGUGGUCUAUAUGAGAUUGGAUCUAGGGGAAGGUUCUUUAUUUAUUGUCAAGUCAGUGACUGGGGCUCCUAACACCCGCUCCAUCACCAUGUGCAGCGUUUCAUACAGUUACAAUGUGGGCCUGCUCUAGGGAAGCCUACAAUCAGUAUCUCAGCUCUCAGUCAUUUGGGAGAAGCAGGAAAUAGAAAUUUUUUUUUUUAAAUAUUCAAGAAUCUGAUGUCUUAAAAUUGUGCUACACACAAAAGUUCUCUGAGAGGUCUGGCCUGAAGCUGUUCCCAGAGUCCAGCUAAUGGUGCAGGUAAGUGGCCCGAGGCAGGGAGGCUCGGUGGUGAAGACCACAGGCCGUCAGACUGGUGGCCCUGGGUGCGGGACCAGAAAUACCCACAGCAUAACCACAGGCAAAGUGUUUAACCUUUCUCUGCCUCAAUUCUCUCACCUGUAAAAUGGUGGGCAAUAAUGGCCCCACCUCAGAGGAGAGGAUGCCCACCCUCACCAGUAAGGGUCUGGGUACGCAGGAAGCACUCAAGAAAGAGGAGCUGGGGUAUCUGAGACCUAAAGAGUAGGGGCUGAGCAGAGGGAGCAGAAGUCGAUGCCCUGGUACAGGAAAGCUCUUGGUGUGCCGAGUCCAGGGAGCAUGUCCUGCUGCUCAGGGGAAGUUCUGAAUGGCUGGCUCCAUAGCCCGGGUUAGAGACCUGCUUGCUGGGUCUCUCCACCCAAACUUGCUGCACUUUGCUGAGGGUCACCUUGAUCUUGAAUGCCUCCUAGAGGACAAAUGAGACGACAGAGCUACUAGGCCCUAAAACUGGAAUCAAACAGAAGUCUGGUUAUCUGUCUACUUAGAAUUUGUCAAUAGCUCCUAACAGCCUUCAUAUGAAAUUGUGUCAAGAAGUAAGCCACGAACACUGGAUAGAGUGUGGUGGGACAGGCUGACUCUGACCCGGCCUUUCUGGAUAGCAGUUGUCAAUAUGUAUUAGAAACUUUAAAAAUGUGUAUACUCUGUGGCCUGAGAAUGUAUUUUUAAAAUAAAAAUGAUAUACCCAGAUACCAUCACAGUAUUAUUUAUAAUAGCAAAAUUAGAAAAAUCUAGUAAUGCAAUCAUCUUUAAUAAUAAAAAAGUGUUCAUAUAUAUUAAAAUUUUUAAAGCAGGUUAAGAAUGGUAUGAUCCCAUUUCAGUUAAAUUAACAUAAAUAAGUGCACAUGUGUGUACACACACAAAAGCAUAUGAAUAAACAUGGAAGGAUAUAUAUUCAAAAGGUAAAUACUAUUUAAUAAGGUCACCUUUCUACAAUGAACAGUUAUAAUUUUAAAGGAUUUGUUGCUUAUGAAUAAGUUUUAUGUGAUAAAAUACUUUUGACAUAAUGUGAAAAAAUUUAAAAGUACAUAGCCAAUGUAAUCUCAAUGCAUAAAGAAAUGAUUCAUUAAAGGAAAGUUAGCCAUUUAUACAUCACUGGUAGACAUGUAAUGGUCAGCCUCUGAGGGUCAACUUGGCAGUUUCUAGCAAAGUCACAUACCCACUGAUCCAGCAUUUACACUAUAGAUUACUCCUCAUGUGUAAAUGACAGACAUUGAACACUUUAUAAUAGGCAAAUGCUGAACCAGUCCAAUGUCCAUCAAUUAGGGACUGGUUAAGUAAGUUGUGGGUACACCAGUAAAAUAGAAUACCAUGAAGUAUUAAAAAUAAUAAGGCAAUACAUUGGUACAGAAAAACCUGCAAGAUAUAUUAAGUGAAAAAAGCCAGAUGCCAACAGAGAAUGCACCCAUUUGUGGAGGGAAAAAUUCAUUUGUAAACCUCCAAAUGUGUGUGAACAAAUAAGAUAUCUCUGGUAAUAGUGCUUGUCUCAAAAGGGACUUGCGUGGGAAGAAGGGAGUGCAUACCUUUUGUCCCUUUUGAAUUUUAUACAAUGCACAUAUAUUAUCUAUACAAAAAUAUUUUUGAAUCUUAGAGGUUAAGAAGAUGUACAGAAUUAUCAAUAGUAGUUGCUUCUGGGUGGUGGGAUUUGAGACUUAUUUUCUGUGGCUUUUGCUUUACUGUACAUACCAACUAUUAUUUAAAUAAAUCAAGUAAAAAUCUAGGUGGGAAAUGAAAAUAAACUAACAUUUUUAAUUAA